AUGGUCAAGACGCCGAAUAUGCCACUGGAGGCCGAGAUGCGCACGUCGCUCCAAGGCCUCGAGCGCAUCUACCGUGAGCACGCAGCUGCGUUCCGGGCCAAGGGUCCGUACCUGCUAGGCGACCGUUUCAGCAGCGCCGAGAUCAACAUCAUGACGUUCCUCUUCCGGUUUGACAUUUUGCUGCAGCACUACCGCCAGGUGCGCGUGCUUGGCGACGACAUUCCGCUGCUCUCGGCCGCGCUUGAGGCGUCCAUGGCGCGACCGGCGUUUACCUUGACAGCGCGGGACCCUGAUUUCUACAUUCGCGGCUUUGCCCACCACGUCGAAUAGGGGAAUAAGUACAGUAUUACUACUGUCGUAAGUCAAUAAUCAAACCGCUAACACUGCUA